UGACAUUAUGGUUAUCUGAGAUAUAAAUAAGCUUAAAUACAAAAAGUAGUUUAACGGAUGUGACGUGACCCUCAAUCCUGUUACUUUUAGUGACUCAAAUUAGACGUUCCGGUGGGAACCAUUCUCAAAUUAAAUUAAUAUUCGUCACGCUCACCACUUUGUUAUGUUUAUAUAUAUUUUUAUAUAUUUUAGAAUCAUAUAUUUAAAGUCGCUUAGAUGUAUUUGUAUUAUAUGAUCAGUUUUUUACGUCUUAAAACUCGGCGGUAGUAUUUUGAUGAAGGACCACUUCCGGUCUGUCGGGCGGAGAGAUGGCGUCCCCGGCGGCCCCGGAGUCCACGCUGGUCGGUCUCUGUGACGCGGAGGUGGACCCGCAGCGACACGGGUCCUCGUUCCGGACCAACAAGGUGGGGGGUCUCCCGGACUGGCCCCCGGGCGUCUUCCGGAAGUCCCCCCUCUGCGGCCGCUGCGGGGGCCCGCUGGCUCAAGUGGUGCAGGUGUACUGCCCCCUGGAGGCCUCGCCGUACCACCGGAACCUCCACCUGUUCGCGUGCACGCGCGCCGCGUGCAGCGGCAGGUCGGACUGUUGGAAGGUGCUCCGCUCUCAGAGUCUGGAGGAGGAGGAGCGGGAGGAGGAGAGGCCGCCCCCGGCUCAGGAGGCCCCUCGGUCGGCCACAGAGUGGUGUGACACCGCUGAUGACUGGGGGAUGGAGGAGGAGGAGGAGGAGGAGAAAGGAGGAGGAGGAGGAGGAGGAGGAGGAGGUGUGGAAAAGGAGGUAGCAGCCGCUCCCCAUACAGAAGCUGGCGAGACCGACGUGAGCCGCCGGCUUCAGGUCCUCCGCCUGGUGGACUCGGACUCCCAGCAGGAGGUCCCGGUCCUGGACUCCCAGCAGGAGGUCCCGGUCCUGGACUCCCAGCAGGAGGUCCCGGUCCUGCGGGCGUUCUUCAUCAGCGUGGUGGAGGAGGCGGAUCUGUACGGCGAGGAAGACGAGCUGCAGCACGCCCGCCGCCUGCUGAGGGAGUACGAGGGGCGGGAGGGCGUGGCGGCGGGAGGGCUGGAGGACGAGGGCGGCGGCGGCGGGGAGAAGUACGAGAAGACGAGGGCGAGACACGGGGACGCCGUCUUCUCCCGGUUCAUGAAGAAGAUCUCGCUCUGCCCGCAGCAGAUCCUUCGCUACCGGCGCGGCGGGAAGCCGCUCUUCGUCUCCGAGCCGCGCGCCGGAGACGCGGCGCCGCCGUGCGCCUCCUGCGGCGGAGCGCGGACCUUCGAGCUGCAGCUGAUGCCGGCGCUGGUCAGUCUGCUGAGGAGGAGGAAGAGGGAGGAGGAGGAGGAAGAGCUGGAGUUUGGGACGGUGCUGGUGUACACCUGCAGGAGCAGCUGCUGGACUCAGGGACCAGGAUCAGGUUCAGGACCGGCUGUGGAGGAGUUCUGCUUGGUUCAGCCCGACCCGGACCAGCAUCUCUUUAAAUGACCCGGUUCAGAUGGACCUGCCGCUGCACAUCUUCUUUUUGUGGAAAUCUUUUCAGUUUCAGAGGAGACAUGUUUAAUGUCACCUUUAGUCACUCCUUCAGCUCUCCUAGCCACGCUGACCUUUGACCUUUGUAACGAGGACACGGAGUCCCAAGUGCCUUAAAGGGCCAGCAGUCUGAGGUACUUGUACACACUCAGAGUACGAGAAGUACUCCUGUGAGAACAUGGUCACAUGUUUCUAUGAGUCUGGUGUGUCAUAGAAACGUGACCUUUGACCUCAGGACGAUACUUUGUGUUUUAAAUAAACGCUCAGCGCUUUCAUAAAAGAUUUAUUUCAACGUGA